GGUGCCGCCGCGCAGCGCCGCUCGCUCCCGCACCACUGCGGCUCCCCACCGACGCCGGGGUGCACCCCGACCUUGGCAGCGGGGCUGACCCGGGACCCCGCGCUCUCGGUUGAUCUUUAAAUAAAGGAAGAAUAUAUCUGGUAAUGAGCUUUUAUGAAGAAGUUAAAGAGAAAUUAUAAGCAAUAGAAACACAGGCAUUUGUAUACUGGAGAAACCACUUAGAACAACCGUGUGGAGUAGAUGAAAGGAAUGAAUUUGCCUGGAAGAAACUGUACCUAGGGCCCACCUUUGUGUCAUAAAAGGCUGCUGAAGGAAGAGUAGAGUUUGCUAGAAAAUGAAAGAGUGUAGUACCAAAAUGGAGACUGCCGUCUCUGAAAUCCAAGUAGAAAAUAAGGAUGAGAAGAUAUCAGCACAAGUUUGUCCUCAAGAUGAGAGACAGGAGGAAAAAGCCUCCAUGCUUUGCUUCAAGAGAAGAAAGAAAACAGGCAAAACAACCAAGGCACAGAAGGCCAAAGCCAGCUCUGAGUCUGCCCCUGCAGCAAGGAAGCAUCCCCCAGAAACAGGAAGUUCCUCUGAGCCACAGCGCCCCAGAGUCGGGGCCUGGGCCUCAAUCAAGCGUCUUGUAACAGGCAGGAAAAGGUCAGAUUCUUCAAAGCAGCAAAAGUCAUUUGAGGCUGAAGUACAACCUGAAAUAAAGCCUGAGGAUGCUGCUCUUUCAAAGAAAAAGGCAAAAUCCAGGCUUCGGAUACCCUGCCUACGAUUCUCCAGAGGUGCACAAAGGAAUAAUCAUUCCAAAAUUAUAGAAGAUUCAGACUGCAACAUCAAAAUCCAGGGAGAGGCUGAAGGUUUAGAGAUACAAACUCAGACCCAAUCAGAGGAUCAGGGCAUCAAAGCUAAGUCAACUCAAGAACUGAAUGAAGGAGUCUUGCAGACACAUGAGGCAGUCUGUGAAGUCAAUGAGAACAGCAGUGUAAUGCCUGAAGAGAAUGUGAUUUCUGUGGAACUUGGAUUAGAUAAUAGGCAUUCAGCUGUUCAAGCUGAGACUGUAAUCCUUGAAAAGGAAGUUGAAGUGACUGAGGAAAAACAAAGCAUUGAAUCCCAGAAAGAAAGCCCACUGGAAAGUUCAGGAGCAGAUGGUCAGCACCCAGUGGUUUCUGUUGCUCCUCCCCCACCUGUAAUUCCAGAUCAACAAAUUGUGGAAGAAUCCAGUGACACUAUCCAAGAAAGUGGAACAAACUGGAAAGACAGUGAAAGUAGAGAGAUUAUAGUGGAGGAGAAUAAGCCAAAAGAUACUGAAAUGAGCCAGAAAUUGGAUUUGAAAGAAAAUGAUAUCGGUGCUGAAAAACCCAAAUCAGAAGAAAGCAAAAGAAUGGAGCCAAUUGCUAUUAUCAUCACUGACACUGAAAUCAGUGAAUUUGACGUUAAAAAAUCUAAAAAUGUCCCUAAGCAAUUCUUAAUUUCAGUGGAAAAUGAGCAAGUAGGUGUUUUUGAUAAUGAUAGUGAUUUUGAGGUUAGAACUUCAGAACAGUAUGAAAUACUCUUAAUAGAAACGGCCUCUUCGCUCGUCAAGAAUGCUAUCCAGUUGUCUAUUGAACAGCUGGUUAAUGAAAUGAUCUCUGAAGAUAAUAAAAUAAACACUCUUCUUCAGUGACUUAAUUUUCCAUGUCCUGAGUGGUAAAAAAGAAAAAGGAAAAAAAGCUUAAAAAGCAAAUCAUUUUACACAUUUGUGCCACUUCUUAUUCAGUAAGGAAUGAAAGGCUUAUCACCCAUGGAACUUAAAAGUGCAACUCCAGAAGUGCUGAAGAAUAAAGUUUAUAAACCACUCUUGACCCUGAAAUACAUUCACUUCUGGAUUGGAGGAAGUCAGUACAGAUUGCCGUGCAAAGUGACACAUAGGGAGUUGCUAAAAUAGCAUAUGGAGAUUGGAGUGUUUUGAGGAAGGAUGUAUUUAUUGAGCACUUUCAUAUGCUGUAUGCUCUUUACUGUUCCCUGAUUUCACCAGUCUGGUUUCCUUUGGAUAACUCAACUCUGGAUAGGUUAACAUUGCACCCAGUUUUCAAAAGCUUUUCUUUUUAACAGUGCAUUUUUAUGUCGUGUAAAGUGGUGAAUAAGGUGA